GGGCGCCGCCGCCACGCCAGCUGCGCGCGCUGCGCUAUCCUACCUACCACCUUCCGGACGUCUCUCUCCGUCUUCCGCGCCUCCACCCCACGCGGUUCAUUCGCAACCCGCGGCGGCUCCUCUCCUCGCUUUCCAUCUUACCCCGAGACGGAGGGGUCUCGCCGGCGACAUGGCUCCCUCAAUCGCGCCGCCUUCUUCUCCUUCGUGCCUCCGUGGGAAACUCUUUCCACGGUUCACUGGUACCAACAGUCAGCCCAUGAAUUCUGUCUUGCGCUGCGAUAUUUCAGUUUCACCAACUUUGGCAUCGAACAGCUUAAGGAGAACCAGUUCGGUUCACUUGGCAAAUAAUAAUCAAAUCAAAAGCUUUCAUGUAUGUCAUGCUGGGGUUGAUCCGUCAGAACGUAUUGUUAUAAAUGGUCAGGCCAGUCCAUCUAAAACUGUUCAAGCUGAUGCUGCUGCAUUGGGGACCAUAGCUGCUGACAUGGCUCCUGUCGUCGAUGGGUUUUCAGCCGAUGAUGAUGAACUUGACCUAGAUUUGCCUACAGAGGGUUUCUCAUCUAUACCUGAAGCUAUUGAAGAUAUUCGCCAAGGAAAAUAUGUGAUUGUUGUGGAUGAUGAAGACAGGGAGAACGAAGGAGAUCUUAUAAUGGCAGCAUCCACAGUAACACCAGAGGCUAUGGCUUUCAUAGUGAGGCAUGGCACUGGGAUUGUAUGUGUCAGCAUGAAAGAAGAUGACCUGGAAAGACUACAACUUCCUCUUAUGGUAGUGGCAAAGGAAAAUGAAGAGAAGCUGCGGACAGCCUUUACUGUUUCAGUGGACGCUAAAGAGGGCACAACAACAGGGGUUUCAGCCAAGGAUCGGGCAAGCACAGUUCUAGCACUUGCAUCUCCUUAUUCUAAGCCUGAGGACUUCAACCGUCCUGGACAUAUCUUUCCUCUUAAAUAUAGAGAAGGUGGUGUCCUCAAAAGGGCUGGGCAUACUGAAGCAUCAGUAGACCUUGCCAUGUUGGCUGGGUUACCUCCUGCUGCAGUUCUUUGUGAAAUUGUUGACGAUGAUGAUGGUUCCAUGGCUUUGUUGCCAAAGCUGAAAGAAUUUGCAGAGAGGGAGAACCUGAAGAUUGUCUCAAUUGCAGACUUGAUUAGAUAUAGGAGAAAGAGAGACAGGCUGGUAGAACGUCUUUGUGUCACACCAUUACAAUUACAGUGGGGGUCAUUUGAAUCCUAUUGCUACCGAUCACUUAUCGAUGGGAUGGAGCACAUUGCAAUGAUCAAGGGUGAUGUUGGGGAUGGCCAGGAUAUUCUAGUGAGAGUCCAUUCAGAGUGCCUAACUGGAGAUAUAUUUGGAUCGGCAAGGUGUGAUUGUGGGGGCCAACUUGCCCUGGCGAUGACCAUGAUCGAGAAGGCUGGUCGGGGUGUGGUGGUUUACCUACGUGGCCACGAAGGCAGGGGCAUUGGGCUGGGUCACAAGCUCCGGGCAUACAAUUUACAGGAUGCUGGACGGGAUACUGUUGAGGCUAAUGAGGAUCUUGGGUUGCCUGCCGACUCCCGGGAGUACGGUAUAGGCGCGCAGAUACUACGUGAUCUUGGCGUCCGAACCAUGAGGCUGAUGACUAACAACCCGGCGAAGUACACUGGACUCAAGGGCUACGGUUUAAGUGUCCUGGGAAGAGUGCCGCUGUUGACACCAAUAACUAAUGAGAAUCGGCGUUACAUGGAAACAAAGAGGUUGAAGAUGGGGCACAUCUACGAAGACCCUCCUAAUGGCCAUACAAGUGGCAUGAGUGACGAGGAGCAAUAUCAGGAGGAUAGUGGCAGCGAACAAGAUCAGACCCUAGAGCCUUAAUAAAUGUCUUCAUGUUUCUCCCGGCAAUAAAAAUAAAACCCUCAAAUUUGUUAUGAGCACUUCUUUCUCCAAUUUUGAUUAUACCUGCAUAGUUACUAUUUGUAGAUGAUGUAUAUUAGUCUGGUCUGAGCAUGUGCCAUGUGCAAAAAUAUAUUCUCAUGUACACCCUCCACCUUGGUUUGUAAGGUUUGCACGCAUUUCAGUAAAAACUUUGAUCCUUUUCAAUAAGAAGCUUUGAUCAUUAA